AUGACGAUUGCUAGAGUCAAAUCUCGCGUCCGAUUUCCCGGCCGGGCCAAGCGAGAUAGAAAGAACAGAAAACACAUUCCAGAAAAGUCGAAACCAAAGAAGACAAACAACGAUACGCAUGGUCCGACAAAAGCCCCCAGAGGUAGAAACCUUUGCUUCGGACGCUAUUAUCACCAGAUGAACCCGCUAACCGGCUCAGUCUACAUGAUUCUUGUUGAAAUCGAUAAUCGAAUUUAUGAUGAUAGCAAUGCUGUUGACGAUGAUACGGCAUCUUUCCUCAAGAAGCGUGUACUAACUACUGAUGAUCAAGAGUCUGAUGGCGCCUUCAAAAGCGGUCUUAGAACUGCACUAAUACUCUGCAGGAUCCCUCUGGUUACAGAAAAUCCAGAUGUCGCUGGUGGCGAUGCUGAUGAGUACGAUCACGAGCCGAGCGGCGCCUCUAAUGACGGCCACUCAGCUGAACCGAAAGAGUCCUGUGUUCCGUCUGUCUCAGUCAUUCUAGACGCGCCAGAAAGCGUCACAGAUGAGAAUGACGAACCACCCAGCUCCCUUCUGAUGCAAGCACCACUAUGGGCGUGGCCAGCGGAGUGGUUUCCGGCAGGCUCUAUUCCUGCAGCACCAGCGACUACAACAGGUUCAUCUUCAGAGGUGAAAUGCGGUACAUCAAAUUCAUCACUAGUAACGACAGACAAAACGGUAGAUUCAUAUCGAGCCAAGGACGAGACAAUAGAUCCAUCGCCAAUGACAGAAGAUAGCACAGUAGGUUCACCACCAGUGGUUGGAGAGUCCGUGAAAGUCUCGUCAUCGGCGACAGCAGACAACACGGCCGUCUCGUCAUCAGUGAUAUCAGAAACUAUAUCAGAUCUCUCGUCAGCCUCGGCAGAGACUGUAUUAGAUCUAUCAUCAGGAUCGGUAGGUGUCGCAGCAGACUCGUCAUCAGCGGCAACAGUUACUGUGACAGGUCUACAUCCGGGCGCGGCAGUUACUACAGUAGACUCGACUUUAGUAACGGCAGCUCCAACACCAAAUUCUGGUCCAGUGGUGGUGAAGAGCACAGCAGCACCCUCUCUGGGACCAUGGCAUCGAUGGUUCGUUCGUCUCUUCGCGGGACGCAAAUCCAACAAGCGUGAUAGUCCUCCUCAAUCAACUUGCGAACAGCCCAUCUCUAUCAUAUCCUGGACUAGAGAGCGCAGUAGUUCCGAAGCAGACGUUGUCCUACCUCUACUGCCACGUCUCGAACUCCCGAGAGUCCUUACAGAAACUCGCCGUAGGAAGAACAGGGUCAUCGAUCGCCCGGGUUAUGCCAUCGACAUCCUUCAAGCGCCUUAUCAUGACUUCAUUGGCCGUGCUGUCCUGGAAGGAGAUGCAGAUGACGCGAGAGCAGUCCAACGCGGCUUCAAAGUAGCAAGUAACUCCCACACCGUCCCACUCGCUCAACACCGCAACAACUCUGACAGUAGUCUGCUGGACCGCGACGGAGAUGCUUGGGCCGAUUGGAACAAACUGAAUAUCACUGCCGAUGCCAUGCCUUUCGCAAAAUCUCAGUCAGACACCAACUUGCUACACCCUCGGACUGGCGCUCGGAUGGCGCGAAACACCAAUAUGUACAGCGCCGAGUGGACCAAGGGCCAGACUGGCCACUGCUUUCUUGAGGAUGCUGGACAUCGAUACCCUUUUGGAGGACUGGGCUUGUAG